UGGUUGGAAUGGAAAAUACGUUUUCAGGAUAUUUGCAUUGACGAAGAAUUAUUUGUGGAGAGCAUUUAAUUGAAAUUAAUUAAGAUACUGAAUCGUCAUCGGUUUUGAUAGAGAUCUUACAAGUGAAACCUUAAUUCAUUAAAAAUAUUAACACCUGUGGAAUGGCAACCCGUCAUGUAGGAAAGACUUAGGUAGACCAGCUGUUCCAACUUCCUGGUAAACUAACAGUUAAAUCACAUUUCUGUCGAUAUUUUCUCUUCAGAAGAAAGACAUGUUUUAACUGUUAGCUUACUAAAAGAACAAUCAUAUUUGUCUUUCAUAACAUCGCUCUUCUCAAUUCUAUCCGUGUACAGUGUGUGCACUGUGUACGUGCAUAAACUCUUCAAGCAAUUUAUCCGUUGUCAAUUUUUCUUUAGCUACAUUUCUGUCAGAUUUUUUCCAAAACUUUGUUAGUAAAGCAAUAUUUCUUUGAAAAAUUAUUUUCGGCUUAUUUCUCAGAAAAAAUUUGAAGUCCUCCUCAAGAGUCGGAUUCUGCAAUUUGGCUCUUCAAAAUUUAUGCUAAAAUACAAUUUGUUAGUAGACUACACUUGAUCUGCGGGUGCAAGAAAUCAAUGAAAUUUUUAUUUUGACCAAAAACGAGUAUAAACGAGUAUUUUUUAUAAAAAGUAUUAGCAUUUGUUUUGUUAUGUGGCUGUACUUUUGGAAAUAAAAAUAUGAGUUUCGCCUGAACACUACCAGGUGUCUCUGUACUAGUACUACUCCUGUCGACGCUUAAUCAUUAAUCAUUCUACGGACGCCGUAUUAUGUCAAUGAUUUUGACAUCCGGUGAACGAAAAUAAGGUUAACGGCAAUCAACAGCGUUCCCGCGAGCCUCAUUAUGAUCAAUCGUGCGUGUAGAUCGUGAGUGCGAUCUCACGUCGUGAGAGUGCGUCCAAAUGUUUCUCAGUGCCCUGAGACUCGUAACUGUCCUCUUCGAUCUCUCCCCCGACCUCGUCCGGUCUUGUUCGUGAGUUCGAACAUCAGAGCUAACAAAUUUCGACAUCAGGAUACAUCACGAUGAUUGCACGAAACACCUAAGGAUCACUCACGCACGUAGACACUUACGAUAAUACCACGCCCGUUAUUGGGCGUACUUAACCUCUCCUCGCUCGCUGGAUCGUUCCUCCCGGAGGCAUUUACAGCUUUUACGGUUAGCACCGCAGCGAGAUGACUACCGACAAGGUUACUCUGGGCGACGCUCUGUCGAACGUCGACGUGUUGGACGAAUUUACACUGCCGGAUGAACAACCCUGCAUCGAAGCUCAGCCGUGCUCGGUGGUGUAUCAAGCGAACUUCGAUACCAAUUUCGAGGACAGAAAUGGUUUCGUGACGGGUAUCGCCAAGUAUAUAGAGGAAGCAACUGUCCAUGCUAGUUUGAAUGAAUUGUUGGAGGAGGGUUUGGAGCAUGCAGUGAUGUUAUAUACAUGGAGAUGUUGUUCGCGUGCAAUUCCACAGCCAAAGUCUAAUGAACAGCCAAAUAGAGUAGAGAUUUAUGAAAAGACAGUGGAAGUAUUGGCGCCUGAAGUAAACAAGUUAUUAAACUUUAUGUACUUUCAAAGAAAAGCAAUUGAACGAUUUUCGGCAGAAGUUAAGCGGCUGUGUCAUCAUGAGAAAAGGAAAGACUUUGUGUCGGAAGCAUACCUGUUGACUUUGGGAAAAUUUAUCAACAUGUUUGCUGUGCUGGACGAAUUGAAGAACAUGAAAUCCAGUGUAAAAAAUGACUAUUCCACGUACAGGAGAGCUGCACAGUUUCUGAAGGUGAUGUCGGAUUCCCAGACGUUGCAAGAGUCCCAAAACUUGUCGAUGUUUCUGGCGACGCAGAACAAAAUCCGUGACACGGUGAAAGAAAAUUUAGAGAAAAUCGCGGGAUACGAGGAGCUACUUGCAGACGUGGUCAACAUCUGCGUUCACAUGUUUGAAACGAAGAUGUAUCUUACGCCGAACGAGAAGCACAUGCUGGUAAAGGUGAUGGGCUUCGGCCUGUUCCUGAUGGACAGCGAGUUAUGCAACAUCAAUAAGCUCGAUCAGAAGAAGAAGCUGAAGUUGGACAGGAUCGAUAGAAUCUUCAAGAAUUUGGAGGUGGUGCCAUUGUUCGGGGACAUGCAGAUCGCGCCGUUCAAUUACAUUAAACGGUCGAAGCAUUUCGAUGCAUCGAAAUGGCCGUUGUCCGCCUCAUCGAAUAACAUAAGUCCACAAGCUGACCUCAUGGUACAUCUUCCUCAGAUCAGAGAGGAUCACGUGAAGUAUAUCAGUGAAUUGGCUAGGUACAGCAACGAAGUCACUACGACGUACAAGGAAUGUCGAAGCGACACGGAAAAUCGAGACACCGCGGAGUUGGCGUUGCGUGGAUUGCAAUUGCUCUCGCAGUGGACCAGCGUCGUGACAGAAUUAUAUAGUUGGAAGCUGCUGCAUCCCACGGAUCAUCACAUGAACAAGGAGUGCCCACAGGAAGCUGAGGAAUAUGAAAGAGCUACGCGUUACAAUUACUCCGAUGAGGAGAAAUUCGCUCUUAUAGAAGUCAUAGCGAUGAUCAAGGGAUUGCAAGUACUGAUGGCACGCAUGGAGACCGUUUUCAUUGAUGCGAUACGCCGAAAUAUCUACGCCGAACUGCAGGACUUUGUGCAACUCGCACUACGCGAGCCCUUGAGGAAAGCUAUCAAAAAUAAGAAAGAUCUGAUUAGAAGUAUAAUUGUUUCUGUGAGAGAAACGUGCGCCGAUUGGCAUUUUGGAGUGGAGCCGCUCGGAGAUCCUGCUUUGAAAGGCAAGAAGGAUCCAGAUAACGGAUUCGGCAUAAAGGUACCGCGAAGAAACGUUGGCCCGUCCUCCACGCAGCUUUACAUGGUACGAACCAUGUUGGAAUCAUUAAUUGCUGAUAAGAGUGGCGGAAAGCGCACGCUGAGGAAAGACAUCGAUGGCCAGUAUCUCGUGCAAAUUGAUCAGUUCCACAAAACUAGUUUCUACUGGAGUUAUCUUCUGAAUUUCAGUGAGUCCUUACAGAAUUGUUGCGAUUUGUCGCAACUCUGGUACAGAGAAUUUUAUUUAGAGAUGACAAUGGGUAGAAAAAUACAGAAAUGCCAAGUACGCCACCAGCACAACGAAGAGUGCAGCGACCUGAUCACCAUGGAGAAACGCAUUCAGUUCCCCAUCGAAAUGUCCAUGCCGUGGAUAUUGACCGAUCACAUAUUGAGAAGUAAGGAACCAUCGAUGAUGGAGUACGUUUUGUAUCCUCUGGAUCUGUAUAACGACAGCGCCUUGUACGCGCUCACGAUAUUCCGUAAGCAGUUUCUGUACGACGAGGUGGAGGCUGAGGUGAAUCUGUGCUUCGAUCAAUUUGUUUACAAGCUUAGCGAGCAGAUCUUCGCGCAUUAUAAGCAACUGGCGGCCAGUAUUCUGCUGGACAAGCGGUUCAGGGUGGAGUGCGUGGCUCUCGGAGCAUACCUGCUUCCGUAUCCUCGCGCCAACAGAUACGAAACGCUGCUGAAGCAGAGGCACGUGCAGUUGCUGGGCAGGAGCAUCGACCUGAACAAACUCAUAACGCAACGCAUCAACGCGGACAUGCAAAAGUCGUUGGACUUGGCCAUCAGCAAGUUCGAGUCCGGCGACAUAACUGGAGUCGUGGAACUGGACGGUCUGCUGCAAGUGAAUCGUCUGACUCAUAAGCUCCUGAGCAAGUGGCUCGCGUUGGAUGAAUACGAUGCCAUGUUCAGAGAAGCUAAUCACAACGUCCUAGCUCCGUACGGAAGGAUCACCCUGCACGUAUUCUGGGAACUGAAUUACGACUUCCUGCCGAAUUACUGUUACAACGCUGCCACGAACAGAUUUGUCAAGUGUCGCGGCCUGCAAUUCGUGCAACCCGUCCACAGGGAUAAACCACCGCAGAUGUCGCAUCAUUAUCUCUGGGGUAGCAAGCAGCUGAAUCUGGCUUACAGCACCCAGUACGGCCAGUAUUCAGGAUUCGCUGGCCCGCAUCAUUUCCGCACGAUAUGCAAGCUCCUCGGAUACCAAGGAAUAGCCGUGGUCAUGGAGGAACUCUUGAAAAUCGUCAAGACCUUGAUACAAGGGAGUCUGCACCAGUUCACGAAGACUCUGAUGGAGGCCAUGCCCAAAGUCUGCAAGCUCCCAAGAUACGAUUACGGAUCACCGGGAGUCCUGGGCUACUAUCACGCUCAGUUGAACGACAUCGUGCAAUAUCCCGACGCCAAGACUGAAUUGUUUCAUAAUUUUCGCGAGUUCGGCAAUACAAUUCUGUUCUGCUUAUUAAUGGAGCAGGCUCUGUCGCAAGAGGAAGUAUGCGACUUACUGCACGCCGCACCCUUUCAGAAUAUCCUACCUAGACCCUAUUGUAAAGAGGCUUGUGACUCGCGCACAAAAUUUUCAGAGGGUGAGAAGCCCGAGACCAAGCAGAAACGACUUGAGGCGAAGUACGCGGCUCUACAAAUCGUUCCAAACGUGGAUAAAUUGGGCACCGCCAAGCAAGCGAUGAUCGCCAGAGAAGGGGAUCUGCUGACGCGCGAACGAUUAUGCUGCGGUUUGUCAAUAUUCGAAGUUGUACUGAGCAGACUGCGGAGUUUCCUAGACGAUCCCAUCUGGGUCGGGCCACCACCGGCGAACGGCGUGAUGAAUGUGGACGAGUGCACGGAAUUUCAUAGGCUCUGGAGCGCGCUUCAAUUCGUGUACUGCAUUCCCGUUGGUGAAACCGAAUUUACCGUCGAAGAAUUAUUCGGUGAGGGCUUACACUGGGCCGGGUGCGCCAUGAUUGUCCUCUUAGGACAACAACGAAGAUUCGAGGCGCUCGAUUUCUGUUACCAUAUUCUUAGAGUGCAACGCGUGGAUUGCAAGGAUGAGAACGUCAAGGGGAUACAUUUGAAGAGGAUGGUGGACCGGAUACGGCGGUUCCAAGUGCUGAACUCGCAAAUAUUCGCCGUGCUGAACAAGUACUUGAAAAGCGGAGACAGCGACGUGGCGAGUGUGGAACAUGUACGCUGUUUUCCGCCCCCGAUACACCCCUCACUGGCACACGCGCAACAGCAUUAUCACGCGCCGGAGUAUCUGCGCCAGAUAAAUCAUCAAUAGUUGACGAUUGUAAAAAGACUGCAUCCCGCGUCACAAUGUGACCCCGACGGGAGGGAGACUCGAAGAACGAAAUCGUUCUUCGCUCUAUAAAAAAAAGGAACGGUUCCAGCUUUUCUGAAAAUUUCAUAUUUUAUAUAUGUAUAUCAUCAAUGUCGAUAUUUAUACUGUCCAUUUUCAAUUAAGCUUAAGAUGUGGAUAUCAUGACGCGACGAUUAUCCUUUUAGAAGACUUAUAAGAUUUUGCAAAAAAGAUUUAUAAGAUUACAAGGAAAAUGAUUUGUGAAUGACGAAUUCGCGCGUUUCGUCUACUUCCAGAACGCGCGAGCGCGCGCGCGAUUUUAGUUGAUUCAUUUCCGAUAAUAUGCGUUUUAGAUAGGUAAGUUUAUACAGUAAUACUGCUUUACUUGAACAAUUUAUAGGUAUUAACAGACUUGAUUAACGUGUGACCAUACAAACCUUUGUGACCUUAGACACAAAUAUAGAGCAAUCAAUACCG